AUGCUGCUCGUGCCGCUGUGGCUGCUGCUGCUGCUGCCGGAGGUGGCGCUCCCGGGGCGGGCGCAGAAGGUCUCCGCGCUCACGUUUUUAAGAGUCGAGCAAGACAAGGACCAAAAAUGCAGCCAGGAUUGCACAGGAUCGCCCCAAAAGUCAUUGUGUGCGUCAGAUGGCAGGACUUUCCUGUCCAGGUGUGAAUAUCUACGAGCAAAAUGUAAAGAUCCUCAGCUACGAAUUGAGUACAAAGGCAACUGCAAAGAUGUUUCGAGAUGUGUGGCAGAGAGGAAAUACACUCAGGAACAAGCCCGCAAGGAGUUCCAGCAAGUGUUUAUACCAGAAUGCAAUGACGAUGGCACUUACAGCCAGGUUCAGUGCCACGUUUAUACAGGCUAUUGUUGGUGUGUUACUCCAAAUGGUCGUCCAAUCAGUGGUACAGCCGUAGCACAUAAAACUCCUCGUUGCCCAGGUUCUCUAAAUGAAAAGCUGCCACAACGUGAAGGUACAGGGAAAACAGAUGGUGCUUCAGCCCCUGCAUUGGAGACUCAGCCCCAAGGUGAUGAAGAAGACAUAGCUUCUCGUUACCCUACCUUAUGGACUGAGCAAGUCAAAAGCAGACAGAAUAAGACCAAUAAAAAUUAUGCAGCAGCAUCAUGCGACCAAGAACUCCAGUCAGCUUUAGAAGAAGCCAAGCAACCUCAAAAAGACAAUGUGUUCAUUCCAGAAUGUGCUAAUGGUGGCCUUUAUAAACCAGUGCAGUGCCAUCCCUCCACAGGAUACUGUUGGUGUGUUCUUGUGGACACAGGACGCCCAAUCCCUGGCACAUCAACAAGAUAUGAACAACCCAAGUGUGAUAACAGUGCCAGAGCUCAUCCAAGCAAAACAAAAGAUUUGUUCAAAGGGCGCCAGCUUCAAGGUUGUCCAGGAGCCAAGAAGAAUGAGUUCCUGACCAGUGUUCUGGAUGCACUCUCCACAGAUAUGGUGCAUGCAGUUUCUGACCCUGCUGCAUCUUCUAGAAGGCUUUCAGAACCAGACCCAAAUCACACUCUGGAGGAGAGAGUCGUCCACUGGUACUUUAAGCAACUGGAUAAAAAUGCUAGUGGUGACAUCGGCAAAAAAGAAAUCAAGCCAUUUAAAAGGUUUCUGAGGAAAAAGUCCAAGCCAAAGAAAUGCGUGAAAAAGUUCGUGGAAUACUGUGAUGUGAAUAAUGAUAAAUCCUUAACAGUCGCAGAAUUAAUGGGCUGCCUGGGUGUAACAAAAGAAGACAAUAAAGCAGACACAAAGAAACGCCAUACUCCCAAAAAUAAUGCUGAAAGUACUCCUUCCAGUAGGCAGCAAACCUCAAAGAAGCAAGGCUAAACCAGAGGCGAAACAAAUCUCUCAGACCUGCGGGUGACACCCUCAGCAAAAGGCAAUAAGAUCAACCGUAGUAUUUGCACUUUGUACUUUAAAUGUAAAUUCACUUUGUAGAAAUGAGAUAUUUAAACAGACAUUUUUAAAAAAAAAUCUGUGAAAAUGUAGUUAACAGCUUGUUCUAAACAAUUAUCACAUACAAUGUAUGUGCA